AUGAGCUCCUACCAGCAGAAGCAGCCCUUUGUGGCACCUCCUCAGCCUCAACAGCAUCAAGUGAAGCAACCUUGUCAGCCUCCACCACAAGGAAAAUUUGCUCCCAUAACCACAGAGCCAUGCUAUGCAGAUGUUCCACAACCAGGAAACACUAAGAUUCCAGAGCCCUUCAACACCAAAGUGCCUGAGUCAGGCUACACUGUCGUCCUUGAGCCGGACUAUACCACAAUCCCUGGGCCAUGCACUACCAACGCCGCUAAGCAAGAUUAUACCACAAUGCCUGGGUCAUUGUCUACCAACAUGGCUGAGCAAGACUAUACCACAAUGCCUGGGCCAUGCUCCACCAACACCGCUGAGCAAGAUUAUACCACAGUCCCUGGGCCAUGCACUACCAAUGCUACUAAGCAAGACUAUACCACAAUGCCUGGGUCAUUGUCUACCAACAUGGCUGAGCAAGACUAUACCACAAUGCCUGGCUCAUUGUCUACCAACACCGCUGAGCAAGAUUAUACCACAGUCCCUGGGCCAUGCACUACCAAUGCUACUAAGCAAGAUUAUACCACAAUGCCUGGGUCGUUGUCUACCAACAUGGCUGAGCAAGACUAUACCACAAUGCCUGGCUCAUUGUCUACCAACACCGCUGAGCAAGAUUAUACCACAGUCCCUGGGCCAUGCACUACCAAUGCUACUAAGCAAGAUUAUACCACAAUGCCUGGGUCGUUGUCUACCAACAUGGCUGAGCAAGACUAUACCACAAUGCCUGGCUCAUUGUCUACCAACACCGCUGAGCAAGAUUAUACCACAGUCCCUGGGCCAUGCACUACCAAUGCUACUAAGCAAGAUUAUACCACAAUGCCUGGGUCGUUGUCUACCAACAUGGCUGAGCAAGACUAUACCACAAUGCCUGGCUCAUUGUCUACCAACACCGCUGAGCAAGAUUAUACCACAGUCCCUGGGCCAUGCACUACCAAUGCUACUAAGCAAGAUUAUACCACAAUGCCUGGGCCAUGCUCAACCAACACCACUAAGCAAGACUAUACCACAAUGCCUGGGUCAUGGUCUACCAACACUGCUGGGCAAGACUAUACCACAAUGCCUGGGCCAGGUACUACCAACACUACUGACCAAGAUUAUACCACAAUUCCUGGGCCAGUCACUACCAAUGCCACUAAGCAAGACUAUACCACAAUGCCUGGGUCAUGGUCUACCAACACCACUAAGCAAGAUUAUACCACAAUUCCUGGGCCAGGCACUACCAAUGCCACUAAGCAAGACUAUACCACAAUGCCUGGGUCAUGGUCUACCAACACCACUAAGCAAGAUUAUACCACAAUUCCUGGGCCAGACACUACCAAUGCAGCUAAGCAAGAUUAUACCACAAUUCCUGGGCCAGGCACUACCAAUGCAGCUAAGCAAGAUUAUACCACAAUUCCUGGGCCAGGCACUACCAAUGCAGCUAAGCAAGAUUAUACCACAAUUCCUGGGCCAUGCACUACCAAUGCAGCUAAACAAGAUUAUACCACAAUUCCUGGGCCAGGCACUACCAACGCCACUAAGCAAGACUACACCACAAUGCCUGGGUCAUUGUCUAUCAACACGGCUGAGAAAGAUUAUACCACAAUGCCUGGGCCAUGCACUACCAAUGCCACUAAACAAGAUUAUACCACAAUUCCUGGGCCAUGCACUACAAACACCACUAGGCAAGAUUAUACCACAGUCCCUGGGCCAUGUUCUACCAAUAUCCCUGGGCCAGACUGUACCAUGGUUCCUGGGCCAUGCACUACCAAUUUCUCUGAACCUGGCUUUGUGAAUGUCUCUGAACCCAACUAUACCAAGGUCCCUGAUCAGGGCUACACCAACGUAACUGGCCAGGGAUAUUCUAAGGUACCAGAGCCAUGUCAGGCUAAGGUUACUGAGGUAUACCCCACAAAUGUCAUUCCACAAUUAACUCAGCAGAAGACCAAGCAGAAGUAA